UGUGUAUAUAUAAAACAACACUUUUUGUUUGCCCCGCAGGAUGUUCUCAAUGGGAAACCAUCAAAGUGGUUCCCCCUAAAGCCACGUGUGCCAAUCUUCAUGGACAGUGAGCAGCAGUGUGCCAUUCUUUUUGAACACCUCAAAGCUCUGCUACACAAUUGUAAAACUCAACUGAACUUCACAAAUGAAGUGGAGUUCAUUUGUAGUUUUCUUUUUCCUGAGGCCAUCAUUCAUGGCCUAUGUGAGCUGCAGGCAUUAUCCUGGCAGGAGGCUGAGGAGGUGUUCCUUCGUGGCCCUACUUAUCACCCUAGUGAAGUUGAGGAAUUUGACCGGGUGAUUGCAAAAAGAAUGAGAAAAGAAGCAACAUUUGCCUCCCAGAAACAAGAUGACAGUGAUUAAGGUGAUCGUUAAAUAAAGUACAGAAUUGUUCAUUAUUGGUGUUUUGUCUAUUAUUUGAGUUUUGCUUCACAUUCAAAAUAUCAAAAAACAGGUUUUGUAAUGUUAGCAUGGUAUAAUGUUAAUUAGACCAUUAUAUGUUGAGCUGAAAGAAAAAAAUGGAAUUUGAAACAUUGUACA